GGCCGGCUGAGCCAAUCACCUUGAGGACAGGUGGUCAGCACUGGGCGAUCCGGCGGAAUCAUGGGCCUUAAACCGACAGCCUUGGACCCACUUCGCGACCCAGUGGACCCCCAGCCCUGUACUUGGGACUGUGCCUACACAGCUACACCUGCCACAGGUUUUUGAAACAUGCAUCCUUCUCUCUUCCUGGCUGCCCUUUGCUUGGGAAUAGCAUCAGCUGCUCCACAAGUCAAACAGAGCUUAGAUGAACAAUGGUCCCAGUGGAAGGCAACACACGGGAAGCUAUAUGGCAUGAAUGAAGAAGGAUGGAGGAGAGCAGUGUGGGGGGAAAAUAUGAAGAUGAUUGUACAGCACAAUCGGGAAUACAAUCAAAAGGAACACAGCUUCACGAUGGCAAUGAAUGGCUUUGGUGACAUGACCAAUGAAGAAUUCAGGCAGGUGAUGAAUGGUCUUCAAAUCCAGAAGCACAAGAAGGGGAAAGUGUUCCAACCACCUCUCUUUGCUGAGAUCCCCUCAUCUGUGAACUGGAGAAAGAAAGGCUACGUAACUCCCACGAAGAAUCAGGGUCAGUGUGCUUCUGGCUGGGCUUUUAGUGCAACUGGUGCCAUCGAAGGACAGAUGUUUGGGAAAACUCACAAACUUGUUUCACUGAGUGAGCAGAACCUGCUGGACUGUGCUUGGUCUGAAGGCAAUGGGGGCUGCAGUGGGGGCAGCAUGGGUAAUGCCUUCCAGUAUGUUAAGGACAAUGGCGGCCUGGACUCAGAGGAAUCCUAUCCAUACCAUGCACAGCUCCAAUCUUGCAAAUACAAUCCAGAAAGUUCUGCUGCCGACAUAACUGGGUUCUUGACAAUCCCUAAGACGGAGUACAAACUUAUGAGGUCAGUGGCAAUUGUGGGUCCCGUCUCUGCUGCUAUAGAUGCAAGCCUGGAUACCUUCCGGUUCUAUGACCAAGGCAUUUAUUAUGAUUCAAACUGCAGCCAUGAAAUCCUACACCACGGCGUUCUGAUAGUUGGCUAUGGCUUUGAGGGAGCAGAGUUGGAUAACAAAAAGUAUUGGAUUGUCAAGAACAGCUGGGGAGAAGCCUGGGGCAUAGAUGGCUAUAUACUGAUGGCCAAAGACCGGGACAACCACUGUGGUAUCGCCUCCUUGGCCAGCUUUCCUACCGUGUGAGACGAUGCAAUAAAGAAGGCCUUGACGGGGGACAGCGUAUGCAGAAGAGGAUUUUAUCUUAACACUGACCAGAACUUCCUGUAUGGGAUAAGACACUUGAAGGGCUGAAGAUCCAAGUUAUGAAUUGAUCCUGUGACACUUUAUACUGGGAAUGUUCCCGACUCUCUCAUUAUUGUUGUAAACAGCCUUGAAGGAAUUUGUCUAAUGGCAUGUAACAUUUCAUGUUUUAAAAUGAAGUGUGUAGUUUUACUCUUUAAAAUAAAAACAUUUCAAGGUC